AUGGACAAAAAUUUUGAUUGCAUGAAUAGUGAAACACUUUAUGGGGAUAAUUAUUAUCCAUCAGUUAUACUGAUUGGUAAUACGCCUUAUGAUUAUUUGAAGGCAUUCGUAGAUUAUUUGAAAAACACUUCUUUUCCACAUAAAAAAGUUCAUUUUAUUGAUGGUAUGAUAACAACAAUAAAUGCUGUAAUAACCUUGUCCAAUGAAGUUUUGCAAAGAGAUACAUUUUUUCUAAGAACUAAAACCCUAAAUCAGGAUCGAAUAGAAAACUUUUUCCAAUUAGUUAAGAAAAAGGGUGGAAAUAAUAGAAAUCCUUCAGUUGCCGAAAUAAAACAAAAUUUUGAACAUUUGAUGUUCGCUUAA